UUAAGAAUCGGUUAACACUGACAAGACACCAUGAGGCGAGUGGUUCGGCAGAGCAAAUUCCGGCACGUGUUCGGCCAGGCCGUGAAGAACGACCAGUGCUACGAUGACAUCCGCGUGUCCCGCGUCACCUGGGACAGCUCCUUCUGCGCCGUCAACCCCAGAUUCGUGGCAAUAAUUGUAGAGGCCAGCGGCGGCGGGGCCUUCAUGGUGCUGCCCUUGCACAAGACGGGCAGAAUCGACAAGUCGUACCCCACAGUUUGCGGCCACACGGGCCCGGUGCUGGACAUCGACUGGUGUCCCCACAACGACCAGGUCAUCGCCAGCGGCUCCGAGGACUGCACUGUCAUGGUGUGGCAGAUCCCCGAGAACGGCCUCACGCUGUCCUUGACGGAGCCGGUGGUAGUCCUGGAAGGCCAUUCCAAGCGGGUGGGCAUCGUGGCUUGGCACCCGACCGCGCGCAACGUGCUGCUCAGCGCAGGUUGYGAUAACGCAAUCAUCAUCUGGAACGUGGGCACCGGGGAAGCCCUUAUCAACUUAGAUGACAUGCACGUGGAUGUGAUUUACAACGUGAGCUGGAACCGCAAUGGCAGCCUCAUCUGCACAUCUUCCAAAGACAAAAAAGUUCGAAUUAUUGACCCCAGGAAACAGGAAAUCAUUGCUGAGAAAGAGAAGACCCACGAGGGAGCCCGGCCCAUGCGGGCCAUUUUCCUCGCCGACGGCAACAUCUUCACGACCGGCUUCAGCCGCAUGAGCGAACGGCAGCUCGCGCUCUGGAAUCCCAAAAACCUGGAGGAGCCAAUAGCCCUUCACGAGAUGGACACCAGCAAUGGGGUCCUGCUGCCGUUCUACGAUCCAGACACCAACAUUAUUUACUUGUGCGGCAAGGGCGACAGCAGCAUUCGCUACUUCGAGAUCACGGACGAGUCGCCCUACGUUCACUACCUCAACACCUUCAGCAGCAAAGAGCCGCAGAGAGGGAUGGGGUUCAUGCCAAAGCGGGGCCUGGACGUGAACAAGUGCGAGAUUGCCAGGUUCUUCAAGCUGCACGAGAGGAAAUGCGAGCCCAUCAUCAUGACGGUGCCGCGAAAGUCGGACCUUUUCCAGGACGACCUGUACCCCGACACAGCCGGCCCCGAGGCAGCCCUGGAGGCCGAGGAGUGGUUUGAGGGGAAGAACGCCGACCCCCUCCUCAUCUCCUUGAAACACGGCUACAUCCCAGGCAAGAACAGGGAUCUCAAGGUGGUCAAGAAGAACAUCCUGGACAACAAGCCUGCAGCGAACAAGAAAAGCGAUCUCAUUAACGCUCCAAAGAAAGCAGCCGACGCCUCAAACGCACAAAACGAAGCCAAAUUGGACGAGAUUUUGCAAGAGCUGAAAUCUAUAAAAGACACGAUCAGCAGUCAGGACGAGCGCAUUGCCAGGCUYGAGCAGCAGGUGGCCAAGAUCGCGGAGUGAGCGGCGCGGCCGCSGCCGCAGCGAGCAGCAUCCCGGCGCCAGCUUCCCUCCUCUCCCAAAUCCACGUCAACAUCGAAAGCCGAUGAUUAAAAGUCAAGCUUUUUAGUGAAAAGAUUUUUUUUUUCCUGAUGUUUUAAUGAAUUAUGUGACUGUGUCAAACAAGUCAAAAAGUGCUACUUUUACAGUUUUUUUUUUUUCCAGAUGUUAUGAAAUCUUGAAAACAAACCCAUUCUGACUUUCAGUGUUGUGCCCAAAUAUCUUUUUCUAGAUUUAGGGACCAAUGCCGCAUUGUUCUUAACCAUUUUUUAAAGUUGCCAAAACCGAGGAGAAAAACAAAGGUCGCUUUUUAUUUUUCUUAUUUGCCACUUUGCAGUAUUUGUGUGUUCAAGGUGAAGGGGCGGCACGGGGCGCGUGUGCGUGUGCGUGCACGGGUGUGUGCUGGGUGUUUAUACUGUGCAGAGAACAAACCCGAAGCUCCGGAGAAAUCCUCCCUUUGGAGCAGUCGGGGCAGCUCGUGAGCCCCUCGCGGACCGUGUCCUGCCCUGCAUCCUGCUCCUGUUCCCUGUUUCCUGGCGCUUCCCAGCGGGAAAACGCAGCUCCCAGCGAGGUGCUUAGUGCCCAAAACGCCUCGGGGGGCCCGAAAUUCCGAGCUAGCAUCGCGCUGCCCUUUUGAAGCAAUCGGUCCGCAUUAUUCCAGGCUUGUCCACAUGGGCAUGUUUUAGCAUCUGKGUUUCUUGGAUUUUUUAUUUUAAAGUGAAAAUUAGUGCAGGAAAUACCUUAAUGCAGGAGAUGUUUGUUCUCUUACCCACGGACUCUGAAUUUGGGCUGUGCAACGAGCAGCGCUUUUUUGGGUUUUUUCCCCCUUUAUUCCCCCUCCUGCCCCUGUGGCCAGCGCUGCAGUAGAGCUCCAUGGGAGCAGCUUCUUCCCGCAUCCUUCUUCCCGGCUGGAUAAGUGGCCUGCGCGCAGGCAGGGGCAGCCCCAGCCCAUUCCCAGGGGUUCCCUCUGUUUCUUUGCUCCCGUUUGGGGAUAGGGUUUCUCGUGCUGCCCUUCAGGAUCCUUGGGGAUGCAGCGAGUGCAGGAUCCCAGGGCUCAUCCCAACAUCCCUGCUCACGGAUCCCGAGGGGCGGCCGUGCCGGGUGGGGGGAAGCGCCGCUUCCCACCUUGGCCAGCCCCAUCCCACACCCGGGCGUGGGCAAAGCCACGGGGAAGCCUGGAGAGCAUCAGCCCUCGAGCCGAAAGCAGCCUUUCCCAGUGGGAUUGAGUCCUGGGAUUGGCUCGGAGCUGAUGCCUCCCCAUGCUUGGAGCAGGCGCAUUCCCAUGCUUUGGAGCUGAUGCAUUCCCAUGCUUGGACCUGAUGCAUCCCUAUGUUUAGAACUGAUGCAUCCCUAUGUUUAGAGCUGAUGCAUCCCUAUGUUUGGAUCUGAUGCAUCCCUGUGUUUGGACCUGAUGCAUCCUCAUGCUUGGAGCAGACGCAUCCCCAUACUCGGAGCUGGUGCAUCCCCAUGCUCGGCUGCCUGCACGCAGGGGAACAACUCCAGCAACCUUUACCAUUAGGUUGCCAUUAGGACCCCCAAAUGAUCCCUU